AUGGAGGGCAGUAGUGGUGGUGUUUGCGUGAAAGUGCAGGCCACAAACUUCCUGCUCCUCUUGUUGUGUCAUGUCUGUGCUACAGAUCUUGCUUUGAUCCUAUCUCUUCUCCCACGCACCUACUCUGUUUUUCCCCCUCUUUCUUUUAAAGGAACAGGCCAAAGCCAAGAACACAAACCCCACCCUCCAUCUCCUGCUCCUGCUCCUGCUCCCACACCACAGCCUGUGGAAGAAAAAUUGCCGUCAAGUCCAGUCUAUGAGGAUGCCGUUUCCUUUGAGUCUGGCUACAAGAAUUCAAAUGCAAAUUACCCAGCUGCACACGAGCCAGAAACCAACAACAAAGUUGAAGAAUCUGACUACCAAGAAGCAGUCAGUCAGCGAGAGCCAGAGUAUGAAUCUGAGACGGUGUAUGAAGUGGCUGGGGCAGGAAACCAGUAUCAAGCAGAUGAAAAUACUUAUGAAUACGAAAAUGACCUUGGAAUAACAGCAAUAGCCUUAUAUGAUUACCAGGCUGCUGGUGAUGAUGAAAUUUCCUUUGAUCCUGACGACAUCAUCACAAACAUUGAAAUGAUUGAUGAUGGCUGGUGGAGGGGAGUGUGCAAAGGCAGAUACGGGCUCUUCCCAGCUAAUUAUGUUGAGCUGAGGCAAUAGGAAAUAAUGUCCUACCAUUAUGCCUUAAUACCGUGAUCAUUCGUCUGAUUAAUUACACUACAAAUCAUGUUCUUUUUCUUCCGGAGGAUGGAGGGGGUCUAUACAUAUUCCUUUUAUAUUUAAGAUAUUUUGCCGAUGCUUUUACAAAUGUUUAUGGGCUCAAAAAUCGCUUAAUAUAUUGUAACUCUCGCGUUCCCCACUUCAGCCUGUUAUCAUAGGUUUUUAAUGCGGUUUGAAAAUGGGGCUUUUCCUUUUGGCCAAAUUGGUGAUGGUGUUCACAACAGUUUCCAAGGCAUUUUUAAUUGUUUCUGAUGGCAACUGCAUGUCUCAUUUUGUAGCUGUCUGUGUGCUGAAUCCCCAAGUAAUUAUGUCCAGCUGCUCUUGUACUCUCAUCGUACUCUCAGCUACUCAUUGUCAGCUUCCCAGAUCUCAGCCGUGCAAGUUUAUAGAUCACAUUUCCAUAUAUAGGGAACAUAGCAGGAGGACCUGAGAGAGUUGCAGUUGAUGGCAAUUACUCCAUAGGAAAAACCUUUUUACAUUGAUAAUAGGAAGGAUCCAGUGCAGAUACAUUUUAAAAAUAUAUUUUCUUGAGGACUGAAAUGCAGUGGAAAGUUCCCUUGUGCAGCCACCGUUCAUUCAGUCCAAGAGAGGGUUGAUGCCAUUGCCAUAAGCAUUUGUUAUCUUGUGUUCUCCUCCAGUGGAAGCCUCCAAUAUAUUGCAAAAGAAAACCCUGUUUUGCUUCUUUUUCCCCGUGCCCAGAACACUGUGAGAUUUUUGGUCCUGAGAGACUUGCCAAGAAGUGACCAUUGUCAUUGUCUUGCAAAUAACACCCAUCUGCUGCAUGCAGUUCAUAACACUGCUGCCUUGAUGUUUAAAAUGAGGCAAUAGGUGUGUACAUGCAUACUGGAUUUUUAUGAUUUGGAAGUGGUAGAAGGCCAGCUGUGUAGUAAGCUGGUUAUGCAACCAUAUUUCACUCAAGGAAUGUUAAUAAGAGGAGCUUAAAACCUUGCAGAUAAUCUCUACUAAGCAAUGUGUAGAAAACUACCACCUUUUUUAUAAGUUCAGCUGAAACUGCCAGUAACACGAAUCAGUAAAAGUGUGUCUGCCUCUUGCCAAAUGUUAAGCUGAAGUUCUUGCUACUACUACUCAAUGGGACAAGUCAAAUAUUGGUUUAGUCACUAAUUUUGAUCACAUGAGCAUCCCUACCAAAGACGUGUUCAGUGUGUGUGUCCUGUCCAUUUCUACUUGACUGGAGGAAUUCAGGGAGGAACUGAUUGAGCAAGAAAAAGUGAAAAAGUCUCAUAAGUAAGCCCAGUGGAAUAUUAAAACAAUAUUUAUGUAAAAUGGCAGUGUACAGUGUAUCUAGGAAGGCGGCCUUGGGGGUGGGAUCGUGAGGGGGGUGGAAUUGACUAGUUGGGACAAUCUUUAAGAAUGUCACUUUUACCUGAUGUUUCCUUUCCCACUGGUUUCUAUUUGUCUCCUGAUUGCAUUGAUAGUAUUACAUUGGGUUGGGCCAGAUUUUAUAUGCAGUUAAUCUUACCAAGUUUUGCAUAGGACACCUCAUAGGGUACAUUAUUCCUUUUUCCUUUUUUGUAAAUUAAAUAUUCAAAUAAAAUUUUGGAACCAUC